GGUGGGCCUGACAAACAGCCUUCUCUGCCACCUCUUCAGGCCACCAUGGUUCCGCUGAGGCUCCUGAUGAUUCUUUUGGCUCUGGCUGUCUUUGACCUCCACAGCUUGCCCUGGUUUGUAAAUGUCUCUGAGAGCAAGGGCCCUGGCACUGUCCUUCAGGCAUUCACCUUCAACUGCUCCUUCUACAUGCCCACCCUGGAGUUGCUCAGUGUGCAGCCGCCCACCACUUUCUUCAACACACCCAGCCUUGCUAGGCAUGGUGGGAUCUAUGUGGGAAAGGUGAUCUUAAGCAGCUCAGCCCGGCUGGAUGCCCUUGCAGUGAACCACUAUGUUCUGCAGCUGAAAUAUAAAUGUGGCAACUUUGUGAUGGAGGCACCACUGUUUUUGGAUGUGCAGCGAGACCCUGGCAAUAUCCAGUGUGUUGGUAGAUUUGUCAGCCCAGCUGGGGAAAUCAUUCAGGUGCCGGAGACUGUCAGCCCUGGGGCCCUGCUGUACACUCUGCUUUUCCCAGGCCUAGAAGUCCAGGGAGCCCAGAUGAACAUUACCAGUGCCCAGGACCCUCCAUACUUUCCUGGACCUUUCUCUAUCAAUGAAAAAGGUUUGCUGCGGGCACCAUCCCAGGGCCUCAGAGGCCAGGCUCAAAAGGUCUUCCAGAUGCAGAUCUCGGUGACCUUUGGCCAAGGCCGAAGCUGCAAAGGGAUACUGACAGUGAAGGUUUUGCCUGUUCCCUCCAGCCAGGUCUCCUUCCAGAAGAAGACCCAGAAUAUCAUCAUACCCGAGAACCUUGUCCCUGGGAGUGAGGUGAUUCAGGUCCAAGCUACUGGCUUAGAUUUGCGCUAUGAAAUCUGCUCCCCGGUGCCCAGCCCACUCUACUCCAUCGGACGCGUCGAUGGGGUGAUCCGGACCACAGCGCCCCUGGAACUGGCAGGCGCCUCAGGCGCAACCCCCACUAGACUGCGUGUGAAGGCCUUUGAGCGGCUCCAGCAGUGGGCCAGUGCCGAGCUGGACCUCACCGUGAAUGUGCGGCCGGUCAACCGCUGGCCCCCACUCUGCCACCCAGCGCUCCUAGUGACUGAAGUCCCUGAGGCCACACCUGUGGGCACCGCGUUGAGCACCUUCACGUGCAAUGACCCAGACUCUGCUGAUACCAACCUCCACUACCAACUUCAGUUUCACAGCCCUUCCAAUUCUGCCAGCCUCCGUCUUUACGACAGGGUCCUUGAGGUGAACACCACAUUGGACUGUGACAUUCCUGAGGCCUGCUUCCAACUUGCAGCUUCCGUCCUGGUGCAUGACAGUGGUCAGCCCCAGAUGACCACUGAAGUGCCAGUGCUGGUGAUGGUGACACCUGUGAAUGAGUUCUCCCCAGCCUGUGCCCCACGGACAUUCCGGGUUCGUGAGGAUGCACAGCCCUAUACUCUGCUGGGCUCUGUGGUGGGCACGGAUAUGGAUUAUCCCCAAAGCAGCAUUGAGUACUACAUCUCUGGUGGACUCACUGUCUUUGCUGUGGACCAUCUCUCUGGGGAAAUUCGCCUUCUGGGGCCUUUGGACUAUGAACAGCAGAAGUUGUACAGGCUCACCGUCCUGCUGAUUGACCAUGGCCAAGAUUGGGACUCCACCCACCACCGUUCUGGGUCCUGUACCAUUACCAUUGAGGUUGAGGAUGUGAAUGAUCAUGCUCCCGAGUGUGAGCCCCCAUUUCAGGAACUCACCAUCUCCAGUCCCCUGGGCCAUAAUGUGGAGGUGACCAAGAUGUCCUGCCAGAUCCUCCAGGAGCCACAGCGUCUGGCCUUAUCCUACAGCAUUGUGGGAGGGAAUAGUCAGAGCCGAUUCAGACUGCAAGGAGCCAUCCUGGUGCAUAAUGACUCUGUGUUGGGACCUCCUUGGCCACAGCAGCCCUGUACCUAUGAGCUAUUGAUCCGUGUGGCUGAUGCUGGUCCUUCCACCUCUCACCUCAGCACCACGGCCACCAUCAUUGUACAUCUACUUCCCUGGAAGGCCAGCACAAUGGCCACCCGCACUCACAGAGCUAUAGUGCCCUCAAUGAUGACACCCCUGCUCGUGACAGACACAGAGGUUUUCUGGCAUCCGGAGCCCUGGUUUGUGGUGGUACUGACAGUGACUAGUGCCCUUCUCCUCCUAGCUCUGGGCUGGCUUCUCAGCAAGCUGCUCCAGGGGCUGGCCCAGGUACUUCAGGCACCAAGGAAGCCAGGCCAGGCCCUGCUGCUAAAAAGGUCAGUCUUUUACUCUGGUCCCUGUGCUUGCAAGGUAAGCCGUGGAACUACUGAGCUAAAACCCCGGCCCAACAGGUCAGUCUUUUUUGCACAUUUCUAUACUUGGGAGCUCACUUUUAUUUUUUUUUUCCUCGCAGUCCUAGCGAUUAAAUCUAGUGCCUUUGCACUAAACUACUACCCCAGUCCUUUUUAUUUUCUUUUAUUUUGAGACAGGGUCUUACUAAAUCACUAAGUUGUCCAGGUUGGGCUUGAACCUUAAGCUUGAACUUCAGACUCUCAGACUGCUGGGAUUAUAGGCAUGCACCAUGACACCUGGGUAGGGAGCCCACCUAUUAAACUCAGGCUGGGGCCCAAGGCCUUAUUCUGUCCUCACUUUUUUUCUCCAGUAUUCAAAGAAAAGAAAGAUCCGUUGAGGGGUUCAUGGAGACACCAAGAAUAGAGAUGCCCCAGGCACCC